AUGAGUGUGCUCGGUAAAAAUACUGAAGAAGGACGUAAAAAAGUACAAGAAGAAUUAGAUCAAAUACAUUCUGAAUUUAAAAACUUAAUUAAAUUAAAGAGACCGAGUAUAGAUAUAGAAAAAAUAUCCACAGGAGAAUUUUGGUUAGGAUCUAAAGCAAAGGAAUUAAAAUUAGUUGAUGAAAUAAUGACUAGUGCUGAUUAUUUAACUUCCUUGUACCAAGAUAAUAAACAAGUAUAUUUUGUGAAAUAUGAAAGAAAAAUUUCAUUUUUAGAGAAAUUAGAAAACUCUAUAGGUUUAUCUAAGGAAACAGUAAUAGAUGUUGAAUCAUCGAGAAGCUUUCUUGGGCUUAGUAAAAAAACAACAAAUGAAGAAGUAAUAGCAAAAAUAAAACAGUAUCACAUAGAUAAUAGUAUUUCAGGGAGUGAUUUUGUAAAGCCACCAUUUCAUAAGGUGGUAGCAAUAAGUUAUUUAGAUGCAAUAGUUCAUGUAAAUGUUGAUGGGAAGGAAGAAUAUGAAAUUAUGAAUAUAAAAUCUGGUGGGAAUAUAGAGGAUAAAGAAUCUGAAUUAGUAAAAGGAUUUUUUAAUUAUUUAGAAAAAUUAGAUGCUAGGCUUAUAACAUUUAACUGGACUUUUGACAAAUUGUGA